UAUAAAAGACGCCAAUGAGAGACAGAGAGAGCGAGAGCGAGAGAGGAAGCGCGCCCUUUUUUAUAAUAUAAGGAUAACUUGGAUUAAUACUGAAUUUAAGGAUAUAUAAUUUAUAUAUCAACCGUCCGUAAUGUCACAACAUAAUCCACAUUAUCAUCACCCCCAUCCGCAUCCUCUGCAUUAUCAACAGCAACAACAACAACAACAACAACAGCAGCAGCAGCUGCACCACCAUCUUCCCUCUCCUCAGCAGCAGCAGCAACAACAACAACAACAACAUAAACAAAUACAACACAACCAAUGGUAUUCACAUGUUGCUUCCACCUCUUCCACCACCCCCUACCCGCAUCUCUCAUCAUCAGCAGGCGCCUCCACCUCUUCGGCGGCGGGGGCAACAACAACUUCAGGCUCUAACAACAAUCACAUAAUGAAUGCCUAUGGAACACAUGGAUAUUAUGGUGCCGCUGGCGGUGGCCUCAAUGUCAAUGCUGUGGGUGUCGCUGGUGGUGGAGGUGGAAAUUCAAACAGUUAUAACCUUGAGGCGGCCAAUACGGUCGCCUAUGCCCACAACCAGCUGCUGCAAUAUCAACAACAACAACAACAUCAGCAACAACAACAACAUCAACAGCAGCAGCAGCAACAACACCAUCUUAGUGGAAGAUCUUACAUGGGGGGAGGUGGACAUCAUCCUCAUCAUUCCAAUCCACAUCAUCAUCAUCAUCAUCAUCACGGUAUAUAUCCCUAUAUCAAAAGUGAACCUAUGGAAUAUGGCCAUAAUACAAUGGCUCCACCGCCAGCACCAAGCGGAUCCACAGAAAUGAGAAUUAAAUCGGAACCCAUGGACGAACUUGCCUAUAAAUCGUCCAACUAUAUUGAUGAUAAUACUCCAUUUGCCGAUUUUACUAAAUACAAUGAAUUUAAUGAAAAUAUGUUGAGUCCCAAAGUGGAAAUGUCAGUAAAAAAUGAAUCUACACCAUACAGCAAGAAUUCGAAUAAUUAUCCAAGACGUAAAUUACAAACGGAACGUUCUUCAGAGAAUUUACCCAUUUGUCAACGUUGUAAAGAAGUCUUCUUUAAGAAACAAUCCUAUCUACGUCAUGUGGCCGAAAGUAGUUGCAACAUUCAUGAAUAUGAAUUUAAAUGCAACAUUUGCCCCAUGUCAUUUAUGAGUGCCGAAGAAUUGCAAAGACAUAAACAUUUGCAUCGUACAGAUAAAUUCUUUUGUCAUAAAUAUUGUGGUAAACAUUUCGAUACAAUUGCCGAAUGUGAAUCCCAUGAAUAUAUGCAACAUGAAUAUGAUAGUUUUGUUUGUAACAUGUGUUCAAUGACAUUUGCCACACGAGAGCAGCUUUAUACCCAUUUGCCGCAACAUAAAUUCCAGCAACGUUACGAUUGCCCCAUUUGUCGUUUGUGGUAUCAGACGGCUUUGGAGUUGCAUGAGCAUCGUUUGGCGGCACCAUAUUUUUGUGGCAAAUACUAUAAUACAGGUCAACAGCAGCAUCAGUCACAGCAACAGCAGCAGCAGCACCAACAACAACAGCAUCACCAUCCACAGCAACAACAACAACAACAGCAGCAGCCAAAUUAUAAACUACAAGAUUGUCAUAUGGCUACCAUGGAAAUGCCCACAGCGCCGCCACCAUCAGUGGCAGCAGCUACUGGAUCACACCACAAGACAAACGCCAACAGUUCAUCCAGUUCCAGUUCAGCAUUACCUGCCACGGCGGCAUUGAGUUCGCUGCUUCAACAGCGACAGGCAAAUGCCGAUGGAGCGGCUAUGUUUGCUGCCGCUGCCUCCUCCUCCAAGGGAGAGGUGAAUGUUAAGUUGGAACGCAGCUAUAGCAAUUCGACAAGUGACUCUUCAUACGGAAUGCACGACACCUCCAACACCAAUUAUAAUAAUAAUAAUAGCAGUAAUAAUAAUGCUUACGGCAGUGAUAAUUCCAUACACGGGUCAGGAGCCAUUGGUGGACCCCAAGCUCAUUCCUCAACGCUGGAUGACUCCGAGGACGCUCUGUGCUGUGUACCCAUGUGCGGGGUAAGCAAGAGCACUAGUCCCACUCUCCAGUUCUUCACAUUCCCCAAAGAUGAUAAAUACCUGCAUCAAUGGCUACACAAUUUAAAAAUGUUUCAUAUACCCGCUUCGAGUUAUACAAGUUUUCGGAUAUGUAGCAUGCAUUUUCCGAAACGCUGCAUCAAUCGGUAUUCGUUAUGCUAUUGGGCAGUGCCCACAUUCAAUCUGGGACACGACGAUGUGGCCAAUUUAUAUCAGAAUCGCGAACUGACGAAUACCUUUACCACUGGCGAAGUGGCACGCUGCAGUAUGCCACAUUGCAAUAGCCAGCGGGGUGAGAGUAAUCUCAAGUUUUACAAUUUCCCCAAGGAUAUCAAAAGUUUAAUCAAAUGGUGUCAAAAUGCACGUCUGCCCGUGCAGGCCAAGGAGCCGCGGCAUUUUUGCAGUCGUCACUUUGAAGAGCGUUGCAUUGGUAAAUUUCGUUUAAAACCAUGGGCAGUACCCACAUUGCAUCUCGGUGGUGCACAAUAUGGCAAGAUACAUGACAAUCCCAAGAAUUUGUAUGUGGAGGAAAAGCGUUGUUGCCUCAAUUUUUGUCGCCGAAGUCGUUCCACGGAUUUCAAUAUGUCGCUAUAUCGUUUUCCAAGGAAUGAGGUUUUACUGCGACGCUGGUGCUAUAAUCUACGCCUCGAUCCGGCAGUAUAUCGUGGCAAGAAUCAUAAAAUAUGCAGUGCACAUUUUAUUAAAGAGGCAUUGGGUUUGCGUAAAUUAUCACCAGGCGCUGUACCAACAUUACAUUUGGGUCAUAAUGAUACAUUUAAUAUCUAUGAGAAUGAAUUGUGGCCACCGCCGACACCAAGUUCCUCCUCAACGCCGCAUCAUCAUCAUCAGCAUCAUCUUCAGCAGCAGCAGCAGCAGCAACAUCAUCAUGCCCUACAACAACAUCAUCACAAUAAAGCGGCAUAUCAACGUCAAACGGCAGCAUCCACUUCAUCAUCGGCUAGCUCAGCUUCUCAUUAUGUCGAUCCGGAUAAUAUGGGAAGCGGUGGAUAUUUAGGCAUGGGUGGAAACUCUCUAACCGGUGGCAUGAAUGUCAGCGAUAGCAUGGACAUUUGCUGUGUGCCAAGUUGUGAGAGUAAGCGUCAUAAUAGCGAGAACAUCACAUUCCAUACGAUACCUAGAAGACCUGAGCAGAUGAGGAAAUGGUGUCAUAAUUUGAAAAUACCCGAAGACAAAAUGCACAAGGGAAUGCGUAUAUGUAGCCUACAUUUCGAGCCAUAUUGCAUUGGCGGUUGUAUGCGUCCAUUUGCAGUGCCCACGUUGCAUUUGGGUCACGAUGAUACGGAUAUUCAUCGAAAUCCUGAUGUCAUUAAGAAGCUAAACAUUAGGGAAACCUGCUGUGUGGCUGUUUGUAAAAGGAAUCGUGACCGAGAUCAUGCGAAUCUUCAUCGUUUCCCCAGCAAUGUGGCCCUCUUGACGAAAUGGUGUGCCAAUCUGCAAAGACCUGUGCCCGAUGGCAGUAAACUGUUCAAUGAUGCCAUUUGUGAAGUCCAUUUCGAAGAUCGUUGUUUGCGUAACAAGAGAUUAGAGAAAUGGGCAGUGCCCACUCUGAUAUUGGGUCAUGACGAUAUUGCCUAUGAAUUACCAACACCGGAGCAAGUGGCGGAGUUCUAUGCACGUCCACAUGCUCCCAAUAAUGGCGAGGAGCAAGGAGAAUGCUGUGUGGAAAGUUGUAAACGUAAUCCCAGUGUGGAUGACAUUAAAUUAUAUCGUCCACCUGAAGAAUCCGAUGUUUUGGCGAAAUGGGCGCAUAAUCUGGAAAUUGGUGUGGCCGAGUUACCCAAUAUGAGAAUCUGUAAUUUACAUUUCGAAUCGCAUUGCAUUGGCAAACGUAUGAGACCGUGGGCCAUACCAACAUUGAAUCUAUCCUCGAACAUUGAGAAUCUCUAUGAGAAUCCAGAGCACUCGAUGUUGUACAAGAGGAGGACAAGGCGAGAUCCAAAUCGAGAUAUAUCAUCGAUGACGAAACCCACCUGGGUGCCCAGAUGUUGUUUGCCACAUUGCCGCAAGGUUCGAGCUCUGCACAAUGUUCAGCUUUAUCGUUUCCCCAAGCUCAAUCGUUCCACAUUGGCCAAAUGGGCACACAAUUUGCAAGUGCCCAUGGUGGGUAGCGCCCAAAGGAGACUCUGUUCGGCGCAUUUCGAACCUCAUGUGCUCAGUAAGAAGUGUCCAGUGCCCUUGGCAGUGCCCACAAUCGAUUUGAAUGCUCCUCCUGGCUAUAAAAUCUAUCAGAAUCCAGCUAAACUAAAGGCCACCAAAUUGUGCCUGCAGAGAGUUUGCAUUGUGGAGAGUUGUCGACGCACCAGAGCUCAGGGAGUGCAACUCUUCCGUUUGCCCCAUAGCCCUACCCAGUUAAGGAAAUGGAUGCAUAACAUCAAGACACGUCCGAGAGCAGCUACAAGGUCUCAGUAUCGCAUCUGUUCGAUACACUUUGAAUCGCAUUCGUUUAAUGGCAAGAGAUUGAGUGCCGGAGCCAUACCCACUCUAGAAUUGGGGCACGAUGAUGACGAUAUCUACCCUAAUGAGGCUCAAGCUUUUGUCGAUGAACACUGUGCUGUUGAGAGUUGUGAAUCGUCGAAGGAUCAGCCCGAUGUACGUCUCUUUCGUUUCCCGACCGAAGAUGAUGAUCUAUUGUGGAAAUGGUGUAAUAAUCUUAAAAUGAAUCCGGCCGAUUGUUUGGGUGUACGGAUUUGUAAUAAGCAUUUUGAAGUCGAUUGCAUUGGCCCGAAACAUUUAUUCAAAUGGGCCAUACCCACUCUAGAGCUGGGACACGAUGAUGCCCAAAUUGAGCUCAUCCCGAAUCCAAAGCCGGAAGAACGUUAUGUGGAUCCAGUGUUCAAAUGUUGUGUACCGACUUGUGGAAAGACCAGGAGAUUCGAUGAAGUGCAAAUGAAUAGUUUCCCCAAGGAUCCGUUACUCUUCCAACGUUGGAGGCACAACCUACGGCUUGAGCACUUAAUCUUCAAGGAGCGCGAUCGCUAUAAGAUCUGCAAUGAUCACUUUGAAGAUGUUUGCAUUGGCAAGACACGCCUGAAUAUUGGCUCCAUACCGACCAUUAAUUUGGGUCACAACGAGACAGAGGAUCUGUAUCAGGUUGAUCCAGCAGAACUGCAAAGUAAUCUCUUUGGUCGUCCGCGAAAAUUACACGGAUCAGUCGAUAUAAAGUUAGAACCAAUGGACGAUACCGAAAUGCAGCAGGAUGUAAAACCAAAUAUCCAUGCCAUGGCCGAAGCUACCGAUAUGAACACCAGGCAGGUGAAAAUUAAGAAAUCUCUUGCUGAUCUUAAGUGCUGUGUGCGUAGCUGUGGACGCAGUCGCCUAGAGCAUGGAGCUCGUCUAUUCCCCUUUCCCAGUGGCAAGCAGCAGCAACUUAAAUGGCGGCACAACCUUCAACUGGAACCCGAUGAGGUGGACAAAAUGACAAGGGUCUGCAGUGCCCAUUUCAAUCGUCGCUGCAUUGAUGGCAAGCAAUUGCGUGGAUGGGCUAUGCCUACACAGCAAUUGGGCCAUCAACAGGAGCAGCCCAUCUAUGAGAAUCCCAAGAAUAUACCGGGUUUCUUUACGCCGACAUGUGCGCUCAGUCAUUGCAGGAAAAGGCGGAGUAUUGAUAAUGAUUUACGCACCUAUCGUUAUCCCAGGAGUGAGGAUCUACUGGAGAAAUGGCGGGCUAACUUACAUCUGACUCCAGAUCAAUGUCGCGGACGGAUUUGUGCUGAUCACUUUGAGCCUCUGGUUAGGGGCAAAUUGAAAUUGAAGACAGGAGCAGUGCCUACUCUUAAAUUGGGUCACGACGAGGAAUUGGUUUAUGAUAAUGAAGCCAUUAAGGCUAGCAUGGCGGAAGAGGAAGAUGGCAGCUUGGAAUCAUCCCCAAAAAUAAUACCGAAGAAGGAAAUAUUCGAAGAUGAAGACGAUGAGGAUGAUCCUCAUCAAGAAGGAGAAGUAGGAGAAGAUGAUGAGGAGGAAGACGCACCCGAAGAUGCUGAGGAGCAUGAGGAUUCACAUUCCGAUUACUUUGAUCCCUUGGAACUGGUUGAGACGUAUGCCGAUGAUCCAGUACCAGACGAGGAAUUUCCAUCGCCUGCUCCGCCGCAUCAUCUACUUCCCCCGCCACAUCCGUCAUUGGGUGUGAGGCGUGAGAAGCCAGCGAAUAAUGUGACACCAAUUUGUUGUCUCAGGCAUUGCCGCAAGGAGCGAACACCCACCCAUCAGUUAAGUACUUUUGGCUUUCCCAAAGAUCAUCAGCUUUUGCUUAAAUGGUGUGCCAAUCUUCACCUGGAGCCUGUCGAUUGUGUGGGACGUGUUUGCAUUGAGCACUUCGAAGCGGAAAUGUUGGGAACACGUAAACUAAAGCAAAAUGCCGUGCCUACCAUAAAUGUUGGACAUCAGAUGCCACUGCCCUAUACAUGCAACGGACAAGAGCGAAACAAUGAUGAUGAUGAUGAUGAUAAUGGUGACGAUGAAGUCGAAGAUCACUCGGAUUUUCGGCUUUGGAGCCUGAAACAUUGUCGCAAGAGGAAGCUAACGGAACCGCCGGAUAUUCGCCCAAAACUGGAGAAGAACGAGGUGAUUCCCAUGAUGAUGAUGAGUAUGGGAGUGAGAGUGAAGAAAGAGAAGAUGGAGGAUGGGGAGGAGCACCAGCAGAUGAUGAUGAUGACGAUGAAUAAACCAAAGAAGUGUUGCCUUAGUCAAUGCGGUAAAAUGAUGGGCUUGCAAAAAUUCCCAAGAGAUUUUCAUUUGCUAAGAAAAUGGUUGCACAAUCUCAAAUUGAAUCUAAAAGAGGAUUUGGAUCCUGCACAACUUCGUGUAUGUUUGGAGCACUUUGAGCCACAUUUGGUGCGCAAUGGCCAACUCGCCAGAGAGGCAUUACCCACUCUAAAUUUAGGUCACAACGAUAAGAAUAUUUAUCAAAUGACUGUGGCUACUUCUGGUGGUUGCUUGGUAGCAAGUUGUCCAUGUGCUCGACUAAAUCUAUAUAGAAGUUACGCCUUGCCACAGAAUCCGCAAAUCAAGGAGGCGUGGUUAAGCUAUUUAAAACUACCGCCUACUACCCAAGGACAAUUGUGUGUAAUGCACUUUAUGCAGCUUUACGAGGAUUUGCCAUUUGAGGAGCUACGACCUAUUUACGAGUCCAUUGCCAAUUCCACACAAGCGCUGAAAUUACGUUGUGCCGUACCCGGAUGUCAUUCAAAGUACACGGAUAAUAUACACUUGACGAAAUUGCCACAGAAUCAAAAUCUUCUUGAGAAAUGGUUGCACAAUACCAUGAUAAACUAUGAUCCUGGCAAGCAUACGAUCUAUCGUAUUUGUCUACUGCAUUUCGAACCGGAUGCCUUGGGGCCAGCGUGUCCAAAGCCGUGGGCAGUGCCCACUUUGGAAUUGAAUCAUCAGGAAGACAUUUUCUUUAAUCCAACCAAAGAGGAAAUAAUGCACCUGCCUUCAGAGACUCCGUUGCAAAUUAAAACCGAAUUAACUCUGCCGUUGAGAAUAAAAACUGAACUGGCUGCCAUGAGCAGUCCCAGUCUUGGCUCGACACCCAGUCCCCGGGGUAAGGUGAGAAUCUGUUGUAUCCAGUCGUGUCUGCAACAGGCCAAUUCCCAAUUGCGUCUCUAUCGUUUCCCCAAUACGGAAACGGCGCUGCUCAAGUGGCUAGUGAAUACACAACAGCAACCACGUCUGGUGGAUCCACUGCAAUUGUAUGUCUGUCAGACGCAUUUCGAACCCGAAGCCAUUUGUAAGAAACAAUUGAGAAGUUGGGCUAUUCCCACCUUGAAUUUGGGACACGAUGGUCAUGUUAUACCAAAUGCCAGGCAUAAUGGAAACAUUGCCGAUAGCCAGGAGACUGAACAAGCUAUGGAAUUCAUUAGAGCCAACUAUUGUUCGGUACUGACAUGCUUCCAGCCAAAGAGUGAGGCUCUCCGUUUGCAUCCCUAUCCCAAAGAUAUGCCCACCAUACGAAGAUGGGCAGCCAAUUGCAAGCAUCGCUCCAUGCAGGCCAGCAGUCAUGGUUUCCAGGUGUGUCAAUUGCAUUUCGAUACGGAUUGCUUUGAUCCGGAUACAGGAGACUUGCGUAAUGGAGCUGUGCCCACUUUGGAUCUAACAGUUAGUCGAGUUAGCUGCGAAUUGCGUUGCCUGGUCGCUGGUUGCAUUAAAGAUGAAUCCCUGCCGCGUCGUCGUUACCACAAGUUACCCAAGCGGCCAGCUCUGCUCGCUGAAUGGUGUAUGAAUCUUGGCCUUGAUCCUGCUACCCUGCCGCAAAAUGUUGAACAUAAUGUGUGUGAGCGACAUUUUGAAUCUCGUUGCUUCAAUUCCGGAAAACAAUUGCGACCUGGAGCACGACCAACAUUGCAUUUGGGUCACACGGAAGACAUUAAACUGCUACCAAAUCCGGAGAUUUUCAGUGAUGAACUUGACGACGAUGUGGGCUGUGUCUGCUGUGUGCCAGGAUGUGGUGGCUCCCGGGAAUUGGAUAAAACACUUCAAUUUUGCAGUUUUCCCAAAAUGCGAAAACUUUCGGAGAAGUGGUUAUAUAAUUUACAUCUUCCAUUCGUUGGCCGGGAUCAAUUGGCCAAACUUCGUGUGUGUCAUAAGCACUUUGAAGCAACUUGUUUUGAAAAUGGCCAAUUGCGACAGGGCGCCAUGCCCACUUUGGAGUUGGGUCACCAGAAUACGGACAUUUAUCAAACUGAUGAACCAAAUCUAGGCAAAAGUCGUAAAUCUAAUAAGGUGUUGCCUGGCGUAAGGAUAACAGGACUUGAUUGCUGUUAUCCUCAGUGUAUACAAUUGCAAAAAAAUUACCAACGGGUGGUCCACGACUUGCCCAAAGAGGAGAAGCUACGACGCAGAUGGCUACAGCAUUUGGAAAUCGAAGACACUGAGGAGAGACCCUUGAAAUUGUGUCCUCUUCAUUUCAUCAUUCUAUAUGAUUAUAGUCAGGAUAAUUUUGAGGAACAUUCCGCGGAUGAUGUGCUCGAAAGAAACUAUGAAGAUGCCCGAAAUGGUUCGAGAAUUCGUCUUAUUACGUGUGCAGUACGAGGAUGUGGAACACUUCAGCCUCGUGAUGGCGGCAGAUUACAUGGUCUGCCCACAAAUCCGGAGGUAUUCCAAAUGUGGUUGGAGAACACCGAAUUGGUCAUCUAUGAGCCGCAACGUUAUAUGAUCAAAGUGUGUAGCAAACACUUUGAGCCGCAAUGCUUUACGGAUAUACGCAAAUUGAAAUGCUGGAGUGUGCCCACACUUCAUCUGCCCGGUGAGGUGGUACAUCAAAAUCCCACCGAGGAGGAAUGGCAAAAGUUGAACGAAAAAUUGCCUCCUGUGCCGGUUAUUCAGGCAAGAGAAGAUUUCGAAGAGAGUUCAAUGCUCGAACCAGUUGUCGUCAUGGAAGAGAACAGUGUGUGCUGUGUUCCCGAUUGUGGGCGAUCCAAGGAGACGGAUGAGUCCAUACAGUUUACUAGUUUCCCCAAGAGGCAAAUGCUAUGCGAGAAAUGGUUGUAUAACUUCCGUUUGAAAAUCCCCAACGAUCAAUGGGCCAAUCUUCGAGUAUGCUAUCGUCACUUUGAGCCUUCUUGUUUCGAAAACGGACGCAUACGUAUUCGCUAUGCCAUGCCCACUUUGGAGCUAGGUCAUGAGAAUACCGAUAUCUAUCACACAGAGGAACCAGAUGUUCAAAAGAUACGAAAGCAUCCCAAGCAAAGAACCGGUGCCCAGGAUUGCUGUUAUCCUCAGUGUGUGGAGCUGUUGAAGAAUUUCCAGCGGAUGGUCUAUAAUUUGCCAAAGGAGCCUCAACUACGGCAAAGUUGGCUCGACUAUAUGGAAUUGAAGGAAACAGAUCAACGAUUAAAAUUGUGCCCACUCCACUAUAUAAUCCUGUAUGAUCAUAGUGUGAAAAAUUUUGAGGCACAUGCUCCGGAAAAGUUGCUUGAUUUCAACUAUGAGAAUGCAAGGAAUUGCGUACGUAUACGGAUUAUUAGCUGUUCGGUUCAAGGAUGUAAUACACUCCAGCCCCGUGAUGGUGGCCGAAUGCAUGGACUUCCGCCGAGAUCGGAUAUCCUGCAAAUGUGGCUGGAUAAUACGAGAUUGCCGUUCCAUGAGCAUCAGCGUUAUAUGCUCAAAGUGUGCAGCAAACACUUUGAGCCCAAAUGUUUUACUGACAUACGCAAAUUGAAGAGCUGGAGUAUACCGACUCUGCAUCUACCUGAUGAGCCGGUGCAUCAGAAUCUCACGGAAAAGGAGUGGCAACAGAUGAAUGAGAGAUUCGCCGAGGCCAACAAUCGAGAGGCGGAAAGUUUCGAUGAAAAUUCAAUGCUGGAACCCAUUGUUAUGAUGGAACAUGCCGAAUCUGAUGGAGAAAUACAUGAGAAUGAGGUGGAGGAGGAGCAAGAGACACAAACACUUCACACUGAAUUGGUGGCCAAUGAUGGACAUUUGCAAGAAGAUUCCCAAGAUAUUGGGGAUGAGGACGAAAUGCAGGCAUUGGAAGUUCUCCUCGAAGUGGGCCAUGUUGAAAAAUGUUCCAGCUAUGAGAAAAUGGACAACAACAAAUCGCAUUUGUCUUACUCCGAGACGGGGCCAUUGAGUCCACCGCUAGGAUCUGUGCCACCAGGUCAACGUGGUGGCGGUUAUGGCGGCGGUGGUGGCCACUAUAAUGCCCGGCACUGCAGUGUCCAAGGUUGUCAGAUAACUGCCAACGAUGUAGACGGCAAUAUCAAGCUACACAAGUUCCCCACCUCUAUGGAAGCUACCCAGAAAUGGAUGCAUAACACCCAAGUCGAUGUGGAUGAGAACUAUUCGUGGCGCUAUCGCAUUUGUAGCUAUCAUUUUGAACAGGAUUGCUUUAAUGGGGCGCGCAUACGAAGAGGUUCAAUGCCCACCUUGCAUUUGGGCCCACUUCGACCGAAGGAUAUCUAUAAGAAUGAGUUCCCGCAAAUGGAUAUGGAUGAAACUGGGCCAACAGAGGCGUCAAACUCAUCUUUACCCCCAGCCGAUGAGCCGGAACGUGUUGUGCCGCAUAUUAAAGGACGUGUGACCCAGCUUUGCCUGCCACGUCCUGCUCCACCACGGAAAUCCAGUAAGUUCUGUCAAAUCGAAGGCUGCUCGAAUCACUUGACCAGUGAGAAUAUGACUCUGCACAAGUUCCCUCAUUCGCUGGAAAUGUGUGCCCGUUGGCAGCAUAAUACCCAGGUGCCAUUUGAUCCGGAGUAUCGUUGGCGUUAUCGUAUAUGUAGCAUCCAUUUUCAUCCGGCUUGUUUGGUCAAUAUGCGACUGGUGCAUGGCAGUGUGCCUACGCGGAAACUUGGUCCUCGAGCACCUGCCCAAUUGUUUGAUAAUGAUUUCGAGGCUAUCAACAUGCGUUUGGAUAAGAGAUCCCAAUUGGAGCAGGGUACUCGGAUCAAGCAAGAAAAGCCACAGCAGCAACAACACCAACAAGAGAUGGAGGGAUUAUAUUUAGAGCCAGAAAUGGAAAUGGAAGUAGAUGAGGAUGAGGACGACGAACAAGAUCAAGAUCAAUCACAGUCGAUGACAUCUUUUGGCAGCUGGAGGCAUCAGUUGCGUCUACCGGCCGUUAAACAGGAUAAGACUUUGUAUAAUCCCAUUAAAUCUGGGUACGACAAAUGCUCUCUACCCCAUUGCCAGCGUCAGAGAUCCCAGCACGGUGUUCAUAUAUAUAAAUUCCCAAAAUCGAAACGUCAUCAGCAACGUUGGAUGCACAAUUUACGGAUACGCUAUGACGAGCGUAAGCCAUGGAAAUACAUGAUCUGUAGUGUACACUUUGAGCCGCAUUGUAUACGCUUGAGGAGACUACGUCCAUGGGCGGUGCCGACAUUGGAAUUAGGUAAGAAUGUGGCAGAUCAGAUCUAUACCAAUGAACAGUGCCAAGAAAUGGCCUCAGAUGUGAGCGAGGAGGAUGAAGAGGAGGCAAGUGGUCGCGAUGAGAGUCUGCAGGAAGAUGACGACGAUGAAGCCGAUCUAGACGGCGACACUACUGGUGUCGAGACGCACGUAAAGCGUGAAAGACGUCCUUGGGGAUCAGGUACAGGUGCUGGUGGCGGUCAGAUGGCUCCUUGGAAAGUCAAACAAUGCUGUCUACCCUAUUGCCGAAGACCGCGUGGAGAUGGCAUCAAACUCUUUCGCCUGCCCAGCAAUCCGAAUUCCAUACGAAAUUGGGAAAAGGCCACUGGGAUGACAUUUAAAGCCUCACAGCGUAAUACCCGGCUUAUUUGUAGUCGUCACUUUGAGCCCGAGUUGAUGGGAGUACGCCGCCUGAUGCGGAAUGCCAUACCCACUAGGCAUUUGUAUCAUCAGAGGGAGAGCUACAGCCCCGAAUUGGUAAUACCCACAGAUACGCCCGCACCCAUUGGUCCCACAUGCUGCAUUCCUGAUUGUCCAGUGCAAGAUGGUUCGGCCCAACUCCAUCGAUUUCCCAGUGAUCCGCAACUGCUGCAGCAAUGGUGCGGAUCAUUGAAACUAGGAGAUCCCCAGCAGUAUAGUGGACAAUAUGUUUGCUCUAAUCACUUACCCGCCCAGGAAGCAGCAACGGGAUGCAUUGUCUGCGGCGCCGAGGAUGGACAAUUGCCGCUUCUUGAUUUUCCCGAGAAUCGCAAUCAUCGGGCCAAAUGGUGUUAUAAUCUCAAAAUUGAUACCAUACCCAAAUGGGACAACUCCAAGCAAAUAUGCUCGAAACAUUUCGAAUCCUAUUGCUUUAGCCAGGAAACGGGAGAAUUGCAUCCGGAGGCAGCGCCCACAUUGCAUUUAAAUCACAAUGAUUCGAAUAUAUUUCUCAAUGAUUAUGCCAUAGAUCAGCACUCCAUGAUGCGUAUCAAGGAUGAGCCCUUGGACAAUGAUGAAAUGUUAUUGGCUUGAAAUAAAAUGUUGUUGAACUCA